GCUUACUGAGAGACCUGUAGACCUGUAGCCCCGGUAAAAGAGUCAAUCCAGUCACGUCAAUCCAGUGCCAGCCCGACGGAACUCAAUCCAUAUCGCAGUCACAUCGCCAACUUCCUCUCUUGAGUUGCGCGCAUUACGGCGAACGGGUUCUCGACGAGCAGGCUAUGUAAGAAUCUGCCCAAGAGUCGAUGUUGACUGGCUAUCGACUUGCCACGACGUCAAUGUUGCUGACCCGCGCUGUUCCGUCAUUUUAGGUACUAGCAUUCCGAGAUCGCGGUGUCACUCUUUUCUAUUUCUCUCUCUUUCUCUCCUUCCAAACGAACCCCGACUAUCAUAGGAGUCGCAACCACAAAUUACCAGCAUCUUACACAUCGACGAUACCCAAUUAUCUCUUAACUCUGCGACAAGACCAAUUGACACAAUGUCAACAACCCUUGGCGCCUUCAUCGCCGGCGGCAUUGCCGCCUGCGGCGCUGUAACGGCCACGCAUCCUUUCGAGACUGUCAAGAUCCGAAUGCAGUUGCAAGGAGAAUUGAAGGACAAGGGACACCAGCCGCAUCAGUACAGAGGCCCUCUGCAGGGUGUCUCUGUUAUCGUGCGCAAUGAGGGCGUGAAAGGAAUCUACCGCGGUAUCGGCUGCGCGUACAUCUACCAGGUCCUGUUGAAUGGAUGCCGUCUUGGAUUCUACGAGCCUAUGCGCGAAACCCUGUCGACUCUCAUCUUCAAGGACGGCAAGACGCAGAGCCUGGGCAUCAACAUGGCUUGCGGUGCUGGAUCAGGAAUCAUGGGAGCCGCCGCUGGCAGCCCUUUCUUCCUUGUCAAGACACGGUUACAAAGCUACUCUCCCUUCAUGCCCACUGGCACACAGCAUAAGUACCGCAAUGCUUGGAACGGUAUGACCUCAAUCUACGGCGCCGAAGGCAUUCGGGGACUCUACCGUGGUGUUGGUGCGGCCAUGAUCAGGACGGGUUUCGGUAGCUCCGUGCAGCUUCCCACCUACUUCUUCGCCAAGCGGAGACUGGUCCGCCACUUGGGUAUGGAAGAGGGUCUGCCUCUGCAUCUUGCUAGCAGUACCGUCAGUGGUUUCGUCGUUUGCUGCGUGAUGCACCCUCCUGACACCAUCAUGUCUCGCCUGUAUAACCAAAAUGGAAACCUCUACAAGGGUGUCUUUGACUGCCUGGCCAAGACUGUCCGCACUGAAGGCUUCUUGGCUAUUUACAAGGGUUUCCUGCCUCACUUGGCUAGAAUCCUCCCCCACACCAUCCUUACCCUGACCCUGGCGGAACAGACAAACAAGCUGAUGAGAAAGCUCGAAGACCGCAUCCUGCCUUCGGCCACCAUCCAGACCCCGUGAUCAACCAUUGAUCUUGUACCUAUUAAAUCAGCGUUCCUUGCAUAUAUGGAGUUAAAAAUGAGCUGGGUAGACAGGGUGGAAAUGUCGCGAGCCGGGGAUCGGCUUCUAGAGAACAUAUGGGGGGGUUGGCUAGGAAUGUAGUGAGGCAGGAUAGGGUCACGCCAGAGAGGCCGGCCGGUGAAGGUGCUUUGAACGUGCAUUUUCUGUUCGAUCUAUCCAUAUAUAGACCGUUCGCAUCCAUAACAAAGUUUCCCUGCGGUGCGCUUCCUGCUGUCGUCAAUAUCCUCUCCUAUUUCACCCUUCCACCGGGCAUCUCCCUGUGCGUCCACAUCCAUGCCGCAGACCGCGCACGCAUCGCCAUCGCUCUCUCGUGUUAAUUUGCCGCUGGUGCGAACGACAUUGGCGACGACGGAGGGAUAACUCUCCUCCACUUCCUCAAAGUACCGCGCCAUGACAUCCUCGAUGCUGAGCUCCUUGUGCGAGACGACUGCGUUGCUGCUUGGUCCCACUUCCUGGGCGAGAUCCUUCAAAGACGGUAUCAGGCCCGCAUACGUGAUGACCUCUCGCCUAAAAAUAUCUCGAAGGAGGUAGUACACUGGAAGCAUCGUCUUCUCAGUCCCCCGGACAGCCCCUUCGCCGCCCUCCGCGCUCUGUCCCUCCCCAACGCGGGAGAAUGUCGUGACGGGGACGGGGCCGUCGGCGACCUGCCACGGCACGGCAAACCCGCGGCCCUUGGCCGUCUCGGCGAGCGUCAGCUCGGCCAGGGCGGUCGUGGUGCAUCCCAGCAGCAGCGCGUGGCACUCCCUCUCCACGGCCAGCGAUAGCAGCAGAUUCCGCACCAGGAGCCUCAUGAUGUCCACCCGCGACGUGACGGACGGCAGGGCCUCGAGGAGGCCGCUGAGCUGCUGCGCGGGCGCGAGGCCGGGCUGCAGGGCGGGAAGGACGGACCAGUCUAUCGUGUCCAGCUUGAGGGCGUCGGCCAGCGGAACGAUCUGCAUCGAGAGGUUGGGGAACUGCUCCUUAUACUUUUCAAAGAGCAGGCUUGCCGACGACGAGGAGGUCGCGGCGUCUGCGGCGUUUGACAGGUCGGUGUCGAUGUGGACGACGUGCACCUCGUACGCGACGCGCAAGUUCUUGUCCUUGAGACCUUGGAGGUUCUUGUCGAGCACCUGGACCAAGGAGGCCGAGGAGGGGCCGAGAGAGAGGCCGAGGAGGUACUUUGCUCUUGCGUCGGGGGUAGUGCCCAGCUUGUCCUUUACAUCGCGGUAUGGCUGGGCGAGGCGCUUCACGACUCUUUGGACGAUAUGCUGCUCAUAGCAAGUCCUGCGCGUGUUGGUUAACUCUGUAUAAAUUUGGGCAUGGAGCAUGUACAUGUGAGAGUACUUACUCGCAAAGAGGAUCCUUUCUCACUUUCAAGACGGUCGGUGUCUUGCAUCGCCUACAUGGGCGAGGUUCCGUGUUGCUGCUCAUGACGGCGGGUCGGGCCGCAAUGAGUGACGUCAAAGUGCUAGGGCGGCUCAGGUGUAGUUAUUGAGUUUCAAAGCAGUAAAAUUCAGACUGUCGUCGAAUAUGAGUAUUGUAUACUUUAUUAUGGCCUCAUAAGUGUCCAAGGGGGUGUUGCAGUAGUU